CUCAUAAAAACCAUUUGGCAUCAAAAAGUUGCAUGGAUCAGACACGUUCCUAAUGGCGAUAUCAAUAGAAAAUAAAUCUGCAAAAAUGAGUAUAUACCAAGUUAUUUGAUAAAGAAAAAAUAAUCAUUCUUGUGGCAAAGUGAUUGUGUGUUCAAGCGUGCGUAGCGCGGAGUGUGAAAAUUUCAAUAUUUCCCAGAAAUAACCUCAGAAAUUAGGUACUGCUAAGCUGGUUAGGCCUACCGACCGUAAAUUCGACUUCGGAAAUCAUUCACAAAUGAAAACUAUGGCAGCCACCGACGUAAAAAAAGUGUAUAAAUUGGUUUUGACUGGAGGACCUUGCGGUGGAAAGACAACCGGCCAGGCACGAAUGUGUACCUUUUUUGAAAAUCUUGGAUGGAAGGUGUUUCGAGUGCCUGAAACGGCCACUGUUCUACUCAGUGGUGGAAUCAAAUUUUCAGACCUGACAACAGAUGAAGAGAAACAACGGAAAAUCAGUGACCAUCAGCCAGCUUUGAAAGAGGGGGUCCCGGAGCACAGCGUUGAUAAAACCGCAUCGUGUCCUCGAUGCUUGGCCGCUGCCGCUGAAAAGCCAAAUGGUAGUGAGGCGUAUAAGUUUCAGGAAAAUCUGUUGCGAACAAUGAUUCAGAUCGAAAAUACCUUUUUUGAACUUGGGAAAUCUUGCACCAGGAACUGUUUGAUUAUCUGCGAUCGUGGUGUAAUGGAUGCUAGCGCGUUUGUUUCCAAGGAAAAAUGGGAAAGAAUGAUGAAAACCAACAACUGGAACUCGGUAGAAUUGCGUGAUAAUCGGUACAACCAUAUCGUCCACAUGGUUUCGGCUGCUAAUGGCGCAGAGGCUUUUUAUUCGACUGAAGAUCACGCUUGUCGAUCAGAGGGUGUUGAUUUGGCCCGUGAAUUGGAUUAUAAAUCAGCUGCAGCCUGGAUUGGACAUCCUUAUUUCGAUGUAAUCGACAAUUCAACUGAUUUCGAGAACAAAAUGAACAGAAUGAUUGAGUGCGUUUGUCAAAAGCUUGGAAUCGAUACUGGUGACCGACUUUUAACUACUUCCAAAAAGGUCAAAUUUCUUGUGUCGGAAUUGCCACCUGAUUCCACCUUCCCGGCGUUUCAGGACUUCGAUGUCGUUCAUCAUUACUUGCAAUCGGCUGGACCUCGGGUACAGGCCAGAUUGCGGAAACGUGGUCAGAAUGGUCAUUUUAGUUACAUCCAUACCAUUCGUCGUCCUCACCUACAUGGUCAAUCAAUUGAGGUGAAAACACAGCUCACCCACCGAGAUUACCUGAACAUGCUAACACAGCGGGAUGAUGCCCAUUUCACUAUAUACAAAAAGCGACGUUGUUUCUUAGUGAAUAAUCAAUAUUUCCAGAUGGAUAUUUACAAGGAACCGGGUCAUCCAAGAUGCAAAGGGUUAAUUUUUUUGGAAACAUAUACCUCGUUAACUGGUGACAAACUAAAGGGCAUUCUACCAAAAUUUUUGAAAAUUGUAAAGGAAGUUACUGGACAUCCAGAUUACUCUAUGUUUAAUCUUUCUUUAAAAGAGGAUUGGAGUAAUACCAAAAAAUUCUGCUAUUCGCUCCAUGAUCAAGACGAAGGCGAUUUCAGAGCAAAAGGGCGUUCUCAUAAAAUGAUAAACGGUAAAGCGUAAUAUUUUAUACGUGUUUUAUGAAGUUGUACCCCUAUAGAUUUUCAAUCCUUUUGCCUACUUUUUUACGCUUAAAGUACCAUUUCGAUAUAUGUAGUUUUGUUAUUUAUCAUGCAUAAUUCAGGUGAGCAAUUCUAGAGAAAUGAUCUAGCAAUUGAUAAAUAACUUUAUUGAAAAACAACCAAACUGGCAGUCUUUUUAUGUUAUUCAUUCGCGUUAAACUGUAGUUUUACAAGAAGUGAUAAAUAAUUUGGUAUAUACAAUUGUUGCAGUCUGCAGCUGAGUCUUGCUGAAAUAUACACCAUUUCAGCAUAUAUGAAUCAGAUUUCGUAGCAUAUUGAUACACAAAGCAAAGAUACUUAAUCCCAAGUGAAAUGUCCAAUCAUCUGGGAAACAAUACAAGAAGCAAGCUUUAAUCUCAAAGCAAGUAAAACUUAACACUUCACUAAACGGUAUUUUUACAAUCACAGGAAGUUAAACUACAUGUAUUUGAAGCUAGUCCGUCAAUAAACAACAAGCAUCUUUUUGUAGAUUUCAUUUCGAGUGCUAGUAAAAGACUUUUUGGAAAAUAAACUGAAUAAAUAGAAAUGAAUCAACAUGAA